UUAUUCAUCCGCGAUGUUCUUCCAUGCCAGCUGCGUCUUGAUCUCUUGGAGAUGACUCAGCUUCAUGAGAAGAGAGACGCUGAUUACUCUUCAUCCUGCUGGAUUCUCGAGCUCGUCGGUAUGGCAUUGACUCCAUGUAUUCGACUACCUUCGAAGAAAGAAAGAAAGAGAAAAGGAAUACAAGGUCCAGCGUUUCGUCGCAAUUGACAUUUCCGGCGGCGGAAUCGGCGCGAAAAUACAAACAACGAUAGCGACACGACGAUUCUGGUUCUGGUUGCCGCCAGGUAUCGCCACCGACAACAACAAUGGCGUCCGGUCGAUAGUCGACGGACGGAAGGAGGCGCUCUCUCGACUCUCGGCCUCGGCGAAGGUCGGAGACACACACAGUCUAGGCGAGAGACGGGGUUCUUCCUUCGCGUAAGAGAGAGACGAAAUCGAGUCGCGUCCGGGAAGUGCGCGCGGUAACGAGAAAAUAUGUCGCGUUCGAUCGCGCGACGACGACGACGGGCCGCGUAAUCGAUCGAUCGCGCGCGUCGGCACGUUUUCGCGCGAACGGCAGCGUGUCCGAACAUGCGUCCGGCGCGGGACGACCGAGGGUACCGAGCGACAACCGAGGAGGCUCCUUCGAGGAACUGUCAGGGGGACCGUCGCCACCACCAUCGCCGCCGACGCCGCCACCACCGCCGUUCCGCGUGAGUCAGUGCGAGCUCGGACGGAGGCGACGCGCACGCAAAAUGGCUUCGGGCGACAAUGUGGACAUGAUCGAGGUGGUCGAGAGCUCGACGAGCUUCCCCGGAUCGGCGACGCAGCCCGCGAUGGAUCACCUCAGGCCGGACCAGUCCACCGCCGAGGAAGACUAUAAAUCGAUUGGAGAAAAAACAACAGCAUUUGACAGUUUAGUGGUACAACAUGGUAUCACCGGAGGCAAAACCCCUGCGGGGGUAUCGAGAAACAAAUCGGAACGAGAGAGAAAGAUCGGGCAUCGAAGAGUUGGAGUGGGUGGUGAAAUUACAUAUAAGAAAAUUCAAACUACGCAAAUUAUGGGAUCCAUUCAGUUGGGAAUACAGCAUGCUGUCGGUGGUCUUGCAAGUAAACCGGAACGCGAUCUAUUAAUGCAGGACUUUAUGACAGUGGAGACAACGAACUUUCCCAGUGAAGGGUCAAAUCAUACUCCAGCCCAUCAUUUUUCGGAGUUUAAAUUUAAAAAUUAUGCACCCAUUGCAUUUCGUUACUUUAGAGAUCUCUUUGGCAUACAACCGGAUGAUUUUUUGAUGUCAAUGUGUAGCGCUCCGUUGCGUGAAUUAUCAAAUCCUGGCGCUAGUGGGAGUAUCUUUUAUCUAACGGAUGAUGAUGAAUUUAUCAUAAAGACUGUGCAGCAUAAAGAGGGAGAGUUUUUACAAACUCUACUUCCAGGAUAUUAUAUGAAUCUAAAUCAGAAUCCGAGGACACUAUUGCCAAUUUUUGGGUUGUAUUGCUAUCGAUGUAAUAGUAAGAAUGUUAGAUUAAUAGCUAUGAAUAAUCUUUUACCUUCGUUUGUAAAAUUGCAUCAGAAAUAUGAUUUAAAAGGAUCUACAUAUAAGAGAAAGGCAUCGAAAGGAGAACGUUCAAAGUCUUCACCGACGUAUAAAGAUUUAGAUUUCAUAGAGCAUCAUCCAGAAGGCAUCUUUUUAGAGGCCGAUACGUAUGGUGCGUUAGUAAAAACUAUUCAACGGGAUUGUCGUGUAUUAGAAAGUUUCAAAAUUAUGGAUUAUUCUUUACUUGUUGGAAUCCAUAAUCUUGACCAGGCUGCAAAGGAAAAAGCUCAAGAGCAAAGAUUGUCAGCAAGCGCGGAUGAAGAAGUUGGAGAAAUGGGUGAAACUGAUGGAUUUAUUCAAUCUGAAAGGGAAAAGGAUAGAGAAGAUAGAAUAGGCGCUGCCGCUUUGAAUCGAUCGCGCAGUAUAAAUCGUCAAAGAUUGGUUGCUCAUAGUACGGCAAUGGAAAGUAUUCAAGCUGAGAGUGAACCGAUAGAUGAAGAAGAUGAUGUACCCUCAGGCGGUAUUCCUGCCAGAAACGCACGCGGUGAACGUCUUCUGUUAUUUCUUGGUAUUAUCGAUAUUUUGCAGAGCUAUAGAUUGAAAAAGAAAUUAGAACAUACGUGGAAAUCGAUGAUACAUGAUGGGGAUACUGUGUCGGUACAUCGACCAGGAUUUUACGCGCAACGCUUUCAGGAUUUCAUGGCCAAGACAGUAUUUAAGAAAAUACCAUCACGUAAGUACCAUCCGAAUCAACCUGUCCUAACAAGUUUGACUACAAGAUUACAUUCAGCAAAUUCUCUAAUAU